AUGGUUUUGAUGCUGAUGUGCCGUGUGUUCUGUGUCUUGUUGGUGCUGGCACUGCUGUGCUGCUGCUCGUGCGUCUUUGCCGCGGGGGAUGAGGAGGAGCCGCAGGUGCUUCAGGUGGAUGCAGAGUGUGCGGAUGUUGGUGGCAAAGUUGGGCGUUGGCAACUCCGUGGGAAGUCACUGUGGUACAACUGCACGGACUUAUCUACUGGUGUGGGUAAGGUGAUUUGCGACAUGGGCGUCGGAAACUGUGCGUCCGGGGUUUCACAGACGCGCGCCAAAGAUAGUGCGAAGGAUGGCGUCUUCACAAUCAACGUCGAUACGCCCACUCCAAGCAUCCUGGAGAGUUGGUGGGAGCGUAACGUGGAGAAGGCCGCCACCGUUGAAGGUGGUCUGGUCAAACCUCCUGCAGCAGGUACUCCGGGGUCUCAAGAACACGAGGAUUCUCUUGACUCCUCCACAACAAAUUCCGAAUCUUCUCCUGCUGUCGCUGAGUUUGCGGAUGUCCCUCCUCCUCUACCUGCAAUUCCAGGCGGCGCUAGUGCCAACUCUGCUGCUGGCGCUUCGGCCACGACGGAUCCUUCUGCUGCGGCCUUGGGAGCACCGGAUUCCGCUCUCUCUGGUGAACUUCAAGGCGCUGCACAUUCUGCUUCUGCUGCUUCUGCUGCACCCGAAUCCCCACCAGAUCCAAAGCUCACAGAGAGAGGCGGCCACUCCUCCCAUGACCCUCCAGUGGAGCUGCAGGAAGAGAGUGCUGCUGCGCCACCGACUCAGUUGUCCCAGAACGGCGAGGACGGGGGUGCAGCGGGAGGCGCCGAAGAGGACACCGCCGCCAACACCACCGACACUGCUUCCGGUGAAGGAAAUUCUACGGCGGCAAGCAUGCCGGCUCCCCUUUCCUCUGCGCCCCCAACGAACGCGCUGGAUAACAGUGUGGGAACUGACGCCUGCUUCCAUAACACCCAUCUGCAUACCCUGCCACUGCUUGUUCUUGCUGCGCUCACGUACGGGAUAGUGGGCUGA